UCUGGGCAGUCAAAGUAUGGCAGCUGCAGAGGCGGCCGUGGUGUCGUCUUCGUCUUUAGAAACAGACCCAGCCCCUGAAACUGCAGAAAGUGCCGAAACAGCCGCAACAACGGCGGCGACCACGGCAGCAACGGCUGCAGCCAUGGCGGUUGCAGCCGCAGCUAGGACCGGAUGCGAAGCCAGGGUCCUCAAGGCCGCUUUGGCUACUAAGCUGCUGUCCCUUAGCGGCGUGUUCGCCGUGCACAAGCCCAAAGGGCCCACUUCAGCCGAGCUGCUGAAUCGGUUGAAGGAGAAGCUGCUAGCAGAAGCUGGAAUGCCCUCUCCAGAAUGGACCAAGAGGAAAAAGCAGACUUUGAAAAUUGGACACGGAGGGACUCUAGACAGCGCAGCUCGAGGCGUUUUGGUGGUUGGAAUUGGAAGGGGAACAAAAAUGUUGACCAGUAUGUUGUCAGGAUCCAAGAGGUACAUUGCCAUUGGAGAGCUGGGGAAAGCCACUGACACACUCGAUUCUACAGGGAAAGUGACAGAAGAGAAACCCUAUGAUAAAAUAACACAAGAAGAUAUUGAAGGCAUACUACAGAAAUUUACUGGGACAAUAAUGCAAGUACCCCCUCUUUAUUCUGCAUUAAAGAAAGAUGGACAGAGACUUUCAACUUUAAUGAAGAGAGGUGAAGUAGUAGAAGCAAAACCUGCCAGGCCAGUAACUGUAUACAGUAUCUCCCUUCAAAAUUUCCAGCCACCAUUUUUCACAUUAGAUGUUGAAUGUGGAGGAGGUUUUUAUAUCAGAAGCUUGGUCAGUGACAUUGGCAAAGAGCUCUCUUCCUGUGCCAAUGUACUAGAGCUUACCCGAACCAAACAGGGGCCAUUUACACUAGAAGAACAUGCCCUCCCUGAGGACAAAUGGACAAUUGAUGACGUUGCACAGUCUCUUGAGCAUUGCUCGUCUCUUCUGCCAGCAGAGCUGACACUUAAAAAAUCAAAACCCGAAGAGUCUAAUGAGCAGGUUUUGAGCUGUGAAUAUAUGACUCUAAAUGAGACAAAGGGGGAAGAUGAUGUUAAUAAGACAUUCUGAAGUUGUCCUGAGAAUAUCAUCAUUUCCUGGUUGACAUUUGAAUCCUGUGUGUAGAUGCAGAAUGACAGGCUACGUGCAAGGGACAACCGAUUCUUCUAACUUCUUUUUUUUUUUUUUUUUGCAUGAAUAAAAAUGACCAUCAUUUAGUUUCUAUAGCCUACAAUUUAUUUACUAUACAUUAUGAAUGGAGUUGCACUUGUUCAAUUCUUUUCUAUACUAUCGAUUGUUCUUUUAAGAUAUUUUUAUAUUAAAAUAUGAAUUUGAUUGGAAUCAGGAUAUUGAUGGUGUGUUUGAUUUCUUCAGCCUUUUUCUAUGAAAAAGCUGAACUGAUUUUCUAAGCAAAGAUUUAUGAGCUACGUGUCUGAGUAGCAUCAUUAAAUGUGAUUUUGAUUUUAUUUGGAUUUCCAUGUGGCUUCAUUGUUUAAGAAUUCUCUAACUCUGUUUGAAAUGGCCAUUACUGAACUCCUUCUUGCCUUUGGAGAAUUUGUUAUUAAAAAACAUUUCCUUAAAAAGACUGUACUCACCUAGUAUUUGCUGUGUGUGUUUAGAUCUUAGAAAUGAAUAAAGUUUUAUAAUAAAUAUUUGUAAAUGAACCAAUCAUUGCUGCUACCACUUACAAUAUGUAAAUAAAAGACUAAUAUUGAAUUAAUUUCUCUUCUGUUAGAGUCCAAGACAGCUCCUCCUCCAAUAGCUUUGUGCAGCUGUGUGCUUUUUUUUUUUUUUUUUUU